CAAAACACUAACAAAUGGAUGUUGAAAAAGUUUUCCACAUGAAUGGUGGACUCGGUGAAAAUAGUUAUGCCCAAAAUUCAUCUCUACAGAGAAAGGCUUCAGAUAUGGUAAAACACAUAACCCUCAAGAGCCUUGAAGAAACAUAUGUCACCACAACACCAAAGAGCAUGGGCAUAGCCGAUCUCGGUUGUUCUUGUGGCCAAAACACAUUAUCAACCAUUCGCGAGAUGGUGGAAGCCAUUGAUGAAAUCAGCCAUAAAAUCCUAGAUGUCCCUCCACCCGAGUAUCAUGUUUACCUUAACGAUCUUCCCACCAAUGACUUCAAUGCCAUCUUCAAAAUUUUGCCCGAUUUCUACAAAGAAAUGAAUAACGAUAGGCAUCUCCAUGACGCAAAAAAUGUGUCGAGUGUAUAUAUUGCUGCUUAUCCGGGUACUUUUUAUGGCAGAUUGUUUCCUGACAAAUGUUUACACUUCAUUUAUUCCUCUUACAGUUUGCAUUGGCUAUCCAGGGUUCCUCCGGGACUUUAUGACAAGGAAGGCCACUCGAUUAACAAAUGUAGCUUUUAUAUUUCAAAAUCGGGUCCUCCACAAGUCUCUAAAGCAUAUUUCAAUCAAUUCAAAGAAGAUUUUUCAUUGUUUCUACGAUCAAGGUCGAAAGAGCUACUAGAUGGAGGUCGAAUGGUACUUAUUUUGUUAGGAAGGAGAUCUCAAAGUCAUGUUGACAGGGGCAAUUCGUUCCUUUGGGAACUUCUUUCAAGAUCAUUUGCCACUUUAGUCUCUAAGGGAGAAAUUAAGCAAGAAAAGGUAGAAGAGUACAAUGUGCACUUUUAUGCACCUUCAAGGAAUGAACUAGAGGAAGAAGUUAAGAAUGAAGGAUCUUUCGAUAUUGAGCAUUUGGAAAUGUUUGAACUUGAGCGAAACUCUGGCCCUUGUAUGAGCCAUGGCACCGCGGUGGCUAGGACUGUUCGAGCGAUCCAAGAAUCAAUGAUUUCCCAUCACUUUGGAGAACAUAUUCUUGAUGACUUGUUUGACAUUUAUGGAAGAUUACUUGAUGAAGAAAUUGAUGUAGAAGAUAUUAAGCCCAUAAGUUUCAAUAUUGUUCUUAAAAAAUUAUGAUUUGAAAACAUUUGCAGCCAUGUAGGCAUUUAGGUGUUGAUGCA